AUGGAUUCCUCCUCGUCCUCCUCCGCGGCGGGUUUGGGCUCGGUAGACCCGCAGCUGCAGCAUUUCAUUGAGGUGGAGACUCAGAAGCAGCGCUUCCAGCAGCUGGUGCACCAGAUGACGGAGCUUUGUUGGGAAAAGUGCAUGGACAAGCCUGGGCCAAAGUUGGACAGUCGGGCUGAGGCCUGUUUUGUGAACUGCGUUGAGCGCUUCAUUGACACAAGCCAAUUCAUCUUGAAUCGACUGGAACAGACACAGAAAUCCAAGCCAGUCUUCUCAGAAAGCCUUUCUGACUGA